AUGUUCGAGUGCAAGGAGGACUUUAGGCUAGCCGACGAGGAUCAGGAGGACGACGUCAAGACGUCCACGUCCAGGGUGAGGAUGGCGGCAGACGAAAACGAGCUGGAAACGUCGUUCGCCAGGGUUAUGGACCUCCUCGAUCAGGUGGAAAAGUCUUACCGUGAGUACCACAAGACCGCCUUCACGGCGGCCGCCGUACAUCCGGCCGAAGCUGCGCAGGAGGCGGAGCGGGUACGUGCGACCAUUUGCUCUCUGGUGGGGCUGCACCCACCCCGCCCAGCUAUGACGGAGACUCCCCACGCUGAGGGCCGCGACGGUGACGGCCGAAUAGGGGAACGGACGGAGGAGGCGGUGACGGAGGACGAAGAGGAGAGCAACACCAAAGACCGACGUGCCUCGGCGCUCGAAGAAGAAGGUGCAGCGCCGGCAUCUGACGGUCCAGAGGAAGCCGACAACAGUGACAUGAAACCCGUCAUCUACAGGGCACCGGGAGGAGGUGGCGGCGAUGCCUCCGCCGGUGCGAUCGACUACGUCGUCGACCGUACCCCACACGAGGUCGCGCAGGAUCUCCUGUCCUUCUCUGUCGACGAAGAGGGCGCAGAAGGAGACGAGACCGGCAGCGCCACCGAUGAAGAGAACGAAGACCAUGACGGACUAGAUACAACGCCGCAGGGGGAAGAGGGUCACGGCGCCGCAACAGCUGCCGCAGCCGAUGCGGCGGCGAGCGGUGGCGACGGCAAGAAGGGCAAGGGGAAAGGGAAGGGAAAAGGAGAACCCUCCAUGUCUGCCGCGGACGUUGCUGCUGCCGCCAUAAAAAAUCUUCCGAGGUACUGGAGGGGGAAUUUCGUGCCUCUAGAGGAAGAGGACCUGCAGGCGCUAGAGCUUGAGAAGGGAGAGGAAGGCCUGGAGGAAUACUUCGACAGGAGGGACCGGCGGUUCCGAGAGCUCUCCGAAGAGGAGGUAGAGCGGUUCCAAACGGCCGCGGACGCCGAAGCCGCGGCACGCGCGCAAGCAAAGGAAGAGGCGGAGAAGGCGGCCAAGAAGGGCAGCAAGAGCGGCGGCGGCAAGGGAAAGAAGCCGGCCAAGGGGGCAGCGGCGCCGACACCACCAACCCCGGAAGAGGUUGCUGCGCUGGAAAUGUCGCCCGAGCCCCCUUCGGUGCUGGAGGCGUACGAGGAGGUGAAGCGGGAGGUGGAGCGGCACCGGGAGUUCCGUAAGGAAGAGGCGGCGCGGCGGCGGGCGGAGGAGAGACUCGUGCCGAGGGACCCGACGGGAGAAGCGGUCAUGGAAGAGCUGUCGAUGCCCGUGGAGGAAGCCUCGGCCCUGCUCUCCUCGCUCAGGGACGAUCUGGUGUCGAGAACCGAGACCAGAGCGGCGGUCAGGGUGGCGGCGGCCGAGAGCGCGUGUCUCGAGGCGCAGGAGUAUCUGUCCGAGGAGCUCGAGGAGCGGCUGCGGAAGCACUGGCCGCGGAAGGGGAGGACAGAGGUGCGGCGGUGUGUCCUACCUUAA